CUGAAUCAGGGGUUAGCUUGCUUCGGGGCUUGAUAGUAGCAUGUUGAUGCGAGCCGAGGACUUGGGUUGGCAGCUGGAGGUGAUUUUCCCGAGAAGAAGACGAUAAGAGGACCCGUGGUGACAGUUUACCUCGGCGGCAUGGAUUACUGGAGUGCCUUGGAGGUGUACAAGGAGAUGCUGCUGCUGUACCUGGAGGAGGGCCGGCGGCACGUCAACUCCCGCUGUUCGGGGCUGGAGCCGUGGCAGAUCAUCGGAGCCACGGUCCUCACCACGCUGGGAGCCGUCUGGGUCAAAGGCCUCCUCUUCCAGCAAGAAAGUAAUCCUCUCACACGUCUCACAUCCCGAAUCAAGAAGAAGUGCUUCCGACUCAUCAGAAAAAUCCCCUUUGUUGGCAGAACAAUCCAGGGGCAGCUGAACAAGGCUUUGGACGACAUGUCUCUCAGUCUGUGUACUCUGAAAGAGGGCAUGAGCUACACCAAAGAGCUGCCCCCUAAAGGUCUCGCCCAGAGCCAGGUGAUGGAAAAAAUCAAAGAGUAUGAGACCCUGAUGCUGAUGUUCCAAUUCUCGUGGGAGAAAGGCUGCGUUUCUGGUGCCGUGUACUGGGGCGACGAGUCACUGACCAAACUCCUGGUGAAGGUUUAUGGAGACUUUGCGUGGAGCAACCCCCUUCACCCGGACAUCUUUCCCGGGGUGAGGAAGAUGGAAGCCGAGGUUGUGAGAAUGUCCUGCGCGCUUUUCAACGGUGGACCAAACUCCUGUGGCACGGUAACUUCAGGAGGAACAGAGAGCAUACUGAUGGCCUGUAAGGCCUACAGAGACAUGGCCUACGAGCGGGGCGUCAAAUACCCCGAAAUCCUGGCACCCGUGAGCGUCCACGCGGCCUUCGACAAAGCAGCACAUUACUUUGGGAUGAAGCUGGUUCACAUUCCCCUCGACAAGAAAACCAUGAAAGUGGACGUAAAGGCUAUGAAGAGAGCCAUCAACAAGAACACAGCUAUGCUGGUGUGCUCAGCCCCUCAGUUUCCCCACGGAAUCAUGGAUCCUGUGGAGGAAGUGGGCAAGCUAGCGCUGCGCUACAACCUCCCUCUACAUGUGGACGCCUGUCUGGGGGGGUUUCUCAUUGUUUUCAUGGCUAAAGCCGGUUACACGCUGGCUCCUUUCGACUUCAGGGUAAAGGGCGUGACCAGCAUCUCUGCGGACACCCACAAGUACGGCUACGCCCCCAAAGGGUCCUCCGUGAUCCUCUACAGCGACAAAAAGUACCGGCAGUACCAGUACUUUGUGGCUCCAGACUGGCAGGGGGGGAUUUACGCCUCGCCCUCCGUGGCGGGCUCCAGGCCGGGAGGAAUCAUCGCUGCCUGCUGGGCGACCAUGAUGCACAUGGGAGUGAACGGCUACGUGGACGCCACCCGGAAGAUCAUCAGCACCUCCCGCAAGAUCAAAACCGAGCUCCAGAAGAUAAAAGGGAUGUUUGUUUUCGGGGACCCAGAGGUGUCGGUGGUGGCGAUCGGCUCGGAUGUUUUUGACAUUUUCCGACUCUCAAACGCACUGACGACAAAGGGCUGGAACCUGAACACCCUGCAGUACCCAUCCAGCAUCCACAUCUGUUGCACGCUUUUGCACACCCAGAAAGGGGUCGCCGAACGCUUUAUCAGCGACAUCAAAGAGCAGGUGGCCAUCAUCAUGAAGAACCCCAAAGAGAAAACCACAGGAAUGGGAGCCAUCUACGGCAUGGCCCAGUCCAUCCCGGACAGGUCCAUGGUGACCGAGAUCUCCCGAGGUUUCCUGGACUGUCUCUAUAGCACUGAGGUGCCCAAGUCAAACACCAGCCACAUGAACGGCAACGGCAAAGCCCACUGAGAAGAGGGCGGGGCCUCCCCAACCCCAAACCCGGCGGGAGACGCGCUCGCUUCCUCCCCGAGCUUCGAGUUCAUCGCUCAACGGUUGCCUUACCUUGCAUUCAUGUACUGUCUGCAAAGCUCUUAGAAGCACAAGCCAGCAUCAUUUUUACGUUGGCCCAGGGGGAGUUCAGCUUCUCCCAGUGCGUCCUCCCACACACAGAAGAUACAACUGGGUCCAAACGAGUUUUAACCAUUUCUUUUUCUUUUCAUGACGUUGUGGGAGUGUGCGUUUGCGUGUACGAGUUAUGUCAUAGAAGAUCAUUUCAACUCUAUCUUUAGUUUGAUGCUUAACAUUUGCCGCCAUCUCUCACUGAUUGUAUAACAAAACUUUUUGUUUUUCUUUCUUCGUUUGUCGGAACAUUUCAGCUCAUCGUCUGUAAUGACUGGCAAUAAUGCAAAAAACCACUCAAACUCUUUAGAACGACUCUGCUGCCCUCUAGCAUGAAAGCUGACGUACUGCUUCAGACUGCCUCCACAUUUCUCCCUAAAGGUAUUUUUUAAAACAUGAUCAUCCAGCACUUCUCAGAGAAACAGCAUUUAAUUGUAAGAGCACUGCGGUGCCCUGACAGGAGCCUAUAAGCUCCACCUGUAAAUCACUUGAAAUGGCGCAGCCUGUGGUCCAUGUCGACAUGGAAGCAUGAUCACGUUUGACAUGCGUCCAUUUUUAUUUUGUUUGGGAUUCUUCUCGUGGCUUUCGCUGUGGUUAGAUUUCAAGAAAGAUACGCGAGAACAGGGGCAUUUACAUGAAUGUUUAAGGACUUAUCAAUCAUCCUGACCUUUUACAUAUUUGUUUUCCAAUAUUGGAAGUGAUUCCACACAAACAUUUGUGUUUGCAAAGUAAUCAGGGGAUUUAACUUUCUAUCAUCCGAACUGAAGGUUCAAUUAUUCUUUUGUUCUCAUAAAAUAUUAACUCAUUAUAUUCCUUUUUAUUUUAUUUUUAGAUCCCAUGUUCACCUGUUUAUCACCUUGUUGUAAUCAUUUGUCUCCUAAUCCAAUCUACCUCAGUGUCGACUCAAUGCAAAUUACAUUUACUCAUUCACUGAAAACGUUCUAACCAGGUGACUGUUCUCCGUCUCUAACUUAAUAAACUUUACCGCUGGGGCAGUUAAAAAAGAGAAGAAAACCUGUAAUGUGUCUUCAAUACACAGACUGAAACGGGGACUGCUUCCACUGUGAUAAAGGGCCUCUAUCCACAGCCUGAACCUUUAGUUUUCUAAUGCCAGAAACCCUCCGCUUUUGGAUCGCGUACUAAAAAGGUUGGCAGUACAAUACACACAGCAAAGACCUUGUACUUUUUACUUUACAAACUUUUCUAAUAUUGUUGAAAUUGUGCAAUAUAUUUUUUUCUUGAAGGGAAACUUUGGGAUCGGGGUUUGUUCUGCUUAGUAGUGAAUAACAGCUUAUUGGCCUUAUUUAGCAUUUGUGUGACCACUGGGAAUGAAUUACUUUUUAGUCUUUUCGUGUGGGAGUGUGAGCAUUUGUUUUCAAACGUUUUUCUUUUUUUUUCCUUUUUUUUUUCUC